GGAUGCAGGCGUGGCCACCCGGGCGCCUUGCCCCAGCUGAGACCAGAUCUACCCCCGUCCGUGCUCCAAGGAGAAAAACGGAUCUCUGCAACCAUCUCGGAUGCUUUCCAGCCGCCCAUCCACCGGCCUCUCCUCCUUCAGUCAGCCUGCAAAACUAGAGGCCCGUUUGCAAAAAAAAAAAAAAAAAAAAAAAAUACAGCGUGGAAAAGCCUCCACCGAGUUCCUACAAAGCCCAAGCUCUCCGAAUGGAUCCUUUGGUUUGUUUUUACUUUAACUGAUUUCAGUCUUUGGUCCUGCGCAAGCCGCUCUGCUGCUGAGAGAUUUAAAGGAAAAGUUCUGCGCCUUUAA